AUGGAAAGUACAGCAAAAGGAAUUAAAAAGGAUGUACAAAACGGGCCAUCAAAAGAAGUCAAACAGCCUAUCAGUGAAGCACUUCUAGAAUUUCAAUUUCAAAUAAAGGAAACUGCAGUAGAACGACUUAUGGUUCAAUUAAGGCAACUUAGAGAAAAAAACCAAAAGUAUCAAGAAAGAAAUAAACGCUUAAAGGAUGAACAGACUUGGCACAUACGAAACCUGCUAAAGGAACUAAGUGAAGAUAAAUCAAAAGGAUUGCCAUUUGUUACAAGAGAGGAUGUUGAAGAGGCAAUGAAGGAAAAAUGGAAGUUUGAAAGAGACCAGGAACAAAAUUUGAAAGAUAUGCGCAAUCAAAUAAAUAAGACUGAGAAGCUAUUUCUUGAGAAACUCGGUGAGAAGGAAUACUGGGAAGAGUAUAAGAAUGUAGGCAGUCAACAACAUGCUAAUACCAUUGUGUCCUUAGAGAAAGACAUCAGUACAGUUAAAGAGAAUUCAAGGAAAAUGUCAGAACAGUAUAGAAUCACUCUGGAAGAUGCUAGAAAGAGAAUAAUCAGAGAAACUUUGUUAAACUUGGACCAAAAGAAGGAAUGGGCCACUCAGAAUGCUGUACAGUUCAUUGACAAGGGCAGUUACCGAGAGAUCAUAGAAAAUGACUGGCUUAAAAAAGAGAUUGCAGUUCACAGGAAAGAAGUUGAAAAAUUGGAAAGCAUUAUUCACGAGCUAGAAGAAGAAAAUUUGGUGCUCAUUGAUCAACUGUUCAACUGUAGACUUGCAGAUCUCAACGUAUCCAGGCAACUAUUUCUUACCCAAGCAGCUGGCCAGGAAGUGCCGCCAGAAGAAAAGGGUUUGAAAUGUCAAGAUAUAUUUGAUGAACCAUUGUCAAAAUUACAAGAACGACAACACAAAGGCCCGAGAAGUCUGUUCUAUGAAAGCAGUGCCUCAGUCUUCAACCAAGCGGAUACCUUUAGCGAGGUCAACAGGCAUGCAGAAGAUGAAGAUAGUUCAUACAUAGAGUUUGGAGCCUCUGACAUGAAAUACUUACUGUAUGAGGAUGAGCAGGAUUUCAAGGAUUAUGUAAAAUUGGGCCCGCUGGAAGUGAAGCUCAUGUCUGUGCAGGGCCAGAAAAUGCCUAUUCAUGCACGAGACAGGGACGUUCCAGACAUGUUCUCUGAAGAGGACAAUCCACAAAGUCUCAUCCCAUGUAAGAUGGUGAAGUCUUUUCUUUGA